UUUGUUUGUUUGUUUGAGCUUUCAUUGAAUUUCUUUUUUUUUUUUUUUUUUUUUUCCGAAGCGUUUCAGUUUUUUUUUUUUUUUGUUUUUUUGUAUUUAAUUUUUUUUUUUGAACGCCAGUCGCCAUGACAGACAUGUGGUCGCGGCUCAACACCCUCACCAAGACGGUGCAGGACCGGAUUGAGCACGUCGUCGAGGAUCUCGGGAUGAACGCUGCUGCUCCUGGAGGUGGAGCGGGCGACGGCGGCCCGGCCGAAGCGGCGAAAGCAGGAGGAGAUCAAGCCGGUGGAGCCACGUCGUCACCCUCAUCGACGCCCGAGGUCGUGACGGGCAGCAAGAGUGGACUGCAGCAGCAGGCCAACAGCACCAGUGGCUGGAAUCCCAGCGGCGACGCGGACGACAAGCAGCGCCGCAUCGAGCAGCUCGAGCAGGAGACGGCUGGGCUCCGAACCCAGCUGGUCGAGCUCAACCAGACCGCCGAGCUCAAGUUCAACAAGCUCAAGAACCAGGCCCAAGCCAAGCUCGCCGCGGUCAAGCAGGAGCUCAAGCAGUACAAGGAGGCGGCCGGUGCCGGUGCCGGUGCCGGUGCCGGUGCAGGCGACUCAAUGGCCUCGUCUGCAGCCAACUCUGGACGAGCAACGCCUGCCUCGGCCGGUGUGCUCAACGAAAGCCUCAACGCGAGCGCCAUUGCGGCUGGAGAUACGAGUUUCGCCGCGGAAGACCACUCGGCCACCUCGAACGCGCUGGCGGUGGCCAACUCGGCGCUGCGGGAAGCCGAGGACAAGCGUCGCGCGUUGACAUCCAAAGUGUCGGAGCUCGAGUCCCAGCUCGCGACGGCCCAGCAGCAGCACCGGCAACAAGCUGAUGCAGAGCUCAAGCAAAAGCUGGAUCAGCUCCGCGAGGAGCAUGCCGAAGAGAAUGACGAUUUGCAAACCCGCAUUUCUGAGCUUCAGCAAUCACUCAAGCAGGCUCAGCAGAGCGGCCUCCAGCAGCAGCAGACCGACCAGGCGUUGCAACAGUCUCGUGCGCACGUGCUGCAGCUCCAGGCCGAGGUUGAUUUACUCCGCCAGCAGUCGUCCACCGCAUCCGCAUCCGCAUCCGCACCCGCCCCGGCGGCCAAUGAGAGCAGCAUCAACCAAGAGCUAAGCGAACGUGUUGCCGAAUUGGAGCAGCAGCUGCACGAACGCGUUACUGGGCUGGAGCAGCAACUUGCCGACUCCCAGCGACUCAUUUCCAAGCUACAAUGGGAUGCGGACUCGGCAGAGGAGCUACGCACCGAAAAGGAAGAGUUGGAGCAAAAGCUUGAAAACUCUGUGCCCCGUGCGCAGCAUGAAAGCGAACUUGCCCGCAUUCGCGCGACCGGCGAAGAGGCACAACAACAAGUGUCUGUGCUGCGCGAGCAGCUUGCCGCUGCUGCGUCGCAACAGCAGGCCACCAUCCCCGACAACUCGGCCGACCUGGUCGUUCAGCUCCAAGCCCAAGUCGCUGCUCUCCAGCUUGCCGCCUCUGCUGCCGAGGAGGAGAAGACUGAGCUCGCCGCCCGUGCGACCGAGCUUCAACAGACACUGGACGCGGCAUCGGAUGCUCGCGCGGUGUUGGUCGAGCAAGUUGAUGUCCUCCGUCAAGCUGCCAGCACGGCAGACGCGCAACAUGCUGCGCUUUUGGCCAAGCACAGCGCGGAUCUUGCGUUGGCACAGUCCGCUGCCCAAGCGAACUCGGCCGCGGAAGCCGAGACCGCCCGCGAGCAAGGUGCUGCCGAAGCCGAGCGUUUGCGGGCGUCGAUCGCUUCCUUGACUGCCGAGCUGGAUUCUUCGAAGCAGUCUGCCACUGCAAGCAUGGAGCAGAGCGCCGCCCUCUCUUCGGAGAUUGCCCAGCUUCGCAGUACUGCGAGCGAAGCGACCGCUCUCAUCGCCCAACAACACGCCGACGAGCUGGAGCGCGUCCGUGCCGAGGCAAAGGCUGCAACCCAAGCACAAGCGGCACUCCAACAGCGCGUGCAGCAGCUUGAGGCCGAGGUGGCGUCUGCAUCGGCUGCGGUUGCAUCCUCGACAGAGGCAUCCCAAGAACUCGAAACCUUGCGGCAAGUGCACGCCGAGCACCUUGCAUCGGGCUCCGAACGCGAAGAUGCGCUUCGCACGGAACUGUCUGCUGCUCGUCAACAACUCGCAGCGCAGGCAGCUCAGGCCGAGGCUGCUGCGUCGGCGUCCGCCUCCGAGCAAGAGGGGCAAGUUUCGGCUCUGAACGAGCGCAUUCGCGACCUGGCGGCGCAGCUGGCAGCUGCACAAGCCGCAUCAGCACCGGCUCAGCAGACCAGUCAAGACGCGAUUGCCACUGCUGUUCAACACGCUGAUCGCGAAGCCUCGCUCCAGCAACAAGUGUCUGCCGCGAAUUCCAAGUGCGCCGAGCUGGAACAGACCCUGGCCACGCUUCAACAGCAGCAGACCUCCAGUAGCGCAGAUGUUGAUGCUCGCAUGAGUGCUGCUGCUGAGCAAGUGCGUGAUUUGACGCAGCAGCUCGCUGCUGCUACCGCGCAAGCCGCGUUGGCACAGUCUGCCACGGAUCAGGUGGCGGCACUGCAGGCCCAGCUUUCUGCUGCCGGCCAAACACAAGCUCUCGUGGCCGAUUUGCAGACGCAGUUGGAGCGUCAAGCCGCACUCGAGCAGCAGCUGCGCGGUGAAAUGGCACGCAACGCUGAACUCCAGAGUGCCGAGUCUCGCGACUUGAGCUCGCUGCGCUCGCAUGCGCACGAUCUGCAGAGCAGGCUGUCCGAAGCGCUGGCGACUGUUGACCGGUUUGAGCAGGAAGCUGCGCUCAAGCAGUCCCACGCUGCCGUGCAGCAGCAGACCUUUGAGUCAGAGCGCGCGGCCUUCCGCAACCAGGUCGGGCAGCUGGAAGCGGCACUUGCUGGCAAGUCGCGUUUCGAGUCGUCGCAAGCGGACGAGCUCACGCAGCUACGCCAGGAGCUUGCAACGGCGACUGGCCUGGCCGCCCAAGCGCAACUGAUGCGAGACGAGCGCGACCGCAUUCGCGCGUCUGUGGGCGAGCUCGGCGAACAGCUCGCGGCAAGUCAACAACGCGAGUUGGCGUCCGCGUUGCUCGCAACACAGUUGAAAGAGCGCCUGGAUGAAGUUUCGGUGCAACACCAGCAGCUGGCUCAAGCAGCACCGUCCCAGGAGACGCAGGGCGCGGUGGACAAGCUGGAGCAGCGGGUCCGGGCGCUCACGCAGGAGCUCGAGCACACCAAAGCCGUGGCCGUUCAACAGCAGCAACAGCAACAACAGCAUCAGUUCCAAACUGCCUCUGCAAGUGCCGAGACACAACAGCAGCUGCAGCAACAGUUGCAGCAGCAAUUGCAGCAGCAUCGUCGUGAAGUUGACCAACUUCGCGCCGAGCUCGCCCGUGAAGUCGCCAACAGGCAAUCUGCUGCCGAGCCGCACACUCCUAUGGAUUCGUGGGGAAGUGGCGCAAACUACGAUUCUGGAAACGAAACUGGCGAUUUCGACGUCGAGGCCGGCGCGUUCGAGCGAGCCUCCAACCCGAUCGAUAAGGCCAAGAUUCUCAGCCGCAAAGCUCUACGCGCUCUGAAUACUGUCAGCAUUCAAGCCAAUCGCAGCUUGCGCUCUCGCCCGUUGGUGCGCAUUUCCGCGCUCGUUUAUCUGGUUUUGCUUCAUGUUUAUUUGAUCUACUCCAUUCUUGUUGUGUAGUGCCUGAGGCGCAUUGUUUGACACGGUUUGCGUGCUUGUUCCAUUCAAGAAUCAG